CAUUUACGUUGUGAGGAUCACCAGCAAUUUGCCACCAACGAAGAGAACUAUCGGCUAUUAGAUGACGUUCUGAGGAAACUACCGUCAGUUCAAUCCUUUCUUGCACAAGACGCCGACGCUGCGACUAGCGGUUCCACCGAGAAAGCCACGGAACGCAAGCGACACCGUUCGCGUCAGUCUAGUGGUCCGAAGACUUCGUCUAAAAUCAUAAAAACAUCUGGCUCUAGCCAAUUAACGGUCAAUACUCAAGUUGACAAGACCGCACCCCUUUUUUGCGAAACGCCGGCACCCGUUCUAGCGGCCCCGGGGAAUACAAGCAUCAUACCAUGUCCCCCAUCGCUUAAUAUCGCUGAAGGUGAGAUUCUUGGUGAUAACUCAACUGGUGUCGGCCCCAAACCGCAACUAUUCAGUGACGAUGAGGAUUCAAACCACGUUUGUGAUCCGUUGACCUUGGUUCGUACCGGAGAAGACCAUAUCCGCAUCGUCACCGAUGCUGCUGCUGCUGCUAUUCUCGAUGUGCCCAAUGCCGAACAAGCGAUUCAGGAUACACAGACCCUAACAGAUUCUCCCCAAGUCACACAUAGUCCUGUGGAAGUUGACUUACGUGCCCAGACAACUACCAAAUGCACUGCACCAGAGAUCAUUACUCCUAAGUGUCUGAAAAUGCAACCAACGCCUUCCAUUUCUCCUUCAACGGAACAACAGGUUCGAAAUCUAGAAACGUGGCAUUCUCUGUGUGAUGAUGUUUAUGUCAACGAGGAGUUAGUGAAAGAUGAAUUCAGGCAAACAGAGUCAAUCCCUUGCUCAUCAAGUGAAUCUCCCGUCCUUAAACGGUUUCAUCGGGUCUGUCAAACUUGUUUCCGUGCCCACAUUCCAUCCACAAUUCCUCCACCGUUCCAGCUCAGAUUGCAUAGCCUCUUAGGUCCCAAAUAUGCCUUAGACGGAUUGGGUUGUACUGGGUUCACCUCGCCAUUUGCUUUGAGUGAUCACGGUUCCAUGGAUAACAGUUCCUGUGAUGAGCACGAUGAGGCGGCUACAGCUACAGCGGCUUUAAUUCUUUCGGAACAUUUACAAGAAGAUUGCCGUCAGCGUUCUGGAGUUAAUCAAGUUCCCGUGUCCGAAGAUCUGUAUAUUACUCCUCCGCGGUCUCCGAUUUUCGACUUGAGUAAUCCAGAGCAUUCUGAGUCUACGAUACCCUGCUUCAUGAAUGACAGUAUGCCGUCAUCACCUGUUUAUGCCCCUGAACCUCAAGAUAAGGGCUGUGUUACCGAAUCUACACUUUCUUCACCCGUUCUUUGUUUGACAUCCACAUUCAAACCCGGUUUCCUUACUCCUGUUCCGGACAAGAGCACGCCCCAGAAUAUCUGUACACCUAAGUGUUCAUCCCACCACCACGUAUUACCCUGUUAUAGUUUGGUUGACACAAAUGGGUUCCCAAGUUUUUGCCACUCUCCUCUUUCGGACGGCGGUGUUCAUCCGAAUAAAUCGUUAUUCCAGUCAGAUAAUGUGUCAUUCGAAAGCCCCCAGACAUCAGAUUAUACUAAACCCCGGGAUCGACCCAAAAAAGCUAAAAGGCAUUGCAAAGGAGAUAUUUGUCAUCGCCAGAUACGAAGGCGAAACCGGAAUGGCUUUCAAUCUCCAGUUUCCGAAUGCAACACGCUGAGCCAAAUGCCCGUAGUCAAAAGACCCAAACUAUCUGCUAAGCAUACCACCCCUCGAGAGAAACCUCCUAAGGCCAAGUCCAAAACCUCCGAAUUUGUUCCUCGUAAACGUCCACUGGCACCAGGGAGUGUAACCCCGGAUCGCGUACAUGUUCCUCGUACAGCCGCCGCGGUGGCCCGCGAGUUGAUAAGUUUGAGUGUUCGCGCUCUGUUCUCUCCACCGCAGCCUAGUCGAUAUUUUAAUCCUAAUCAUUCGCUUAUCUCUGCCGCGCGUCUUUCUCAGCCUACGGUGACGGCCGAUUACUGUGAGCCCACUCCUCCUACGCCUUCAACUCGUCACACCAAAACUCAGCUUCUCUGUGCAAUCAACUUGACAAGUCCAACACCCAAGGGGUCAAAGCGCUCUCACGGUCGAACGCUUUUCCCACCGGAACCUAUUGCAACCUGA